CAGCUCCUGCAGGACAGGAGUCACCUCAAACACAGCGCACACGGGACACAUGGUCCCCAGCCCGUGGCGCCCCCGCGCCAGCAUGACCCAGACAGGCGUCUCCCUCUGCAGCCCUGGGCACCUCACCUCUGCUCUGAAGGCCACCUUGCUCUUCAGCCUGGUCCUCGCCUCCUUCCACUCGUCCUACGGUACAGACGUCAGCAGCAUCAACUCAACCCUGAGUAUACACCACUCAGAGCCUGGGACCCUGGAGCAGUGUGCCAACAUCGACUUCUGCCCAGUAGCCUCCCUGUGUUGCCGAGCUUCGGUGGAUGAAUACGGAUGGAUUGCUGCGGCGGUCGGCUGGGGCCUCUGGUUUCUCACGCUCAUCCUGCUGUGUGUGGACAAACUGAUGAAGCUCACUCCAGAGGAGCCCAAAGACCUGGCCGCAUGAGCACAGGCCCCAACGAUGGCUAUUCCCACCGCGUGUGGGUAACAGGGAGGGGGAGGAGCUUUCUAGAAGCAGGGCU